AUGCAUGUUUGUAGUCGAAUUGAUCCCCUUUUCUUCUUUAUAUCAUUCUGCAGAAAAAAAGACAAGUUUAUUUCAUGGGAGGUUAUUUUGAGUGAACUUGGUGAAUGUUUCCAUGUUCUCAGCAACAUUCCCGACAUGGAACGUCGUCUCGAGGAAAUUUGCGAUAAAAAAUGUAUUGGUGACUUAUCUGUUUAUCGGUACAAUGAAUCUCGGGCGAUCGAGUGGUUGUCGAAUAGAGUAUCCGCUGUUUAUAAUGCUUCCUUCAACUGCAAGGAUCCUGUUUUAAUUUCUCAGCUUCGAUUAAUUGCUUCUAAUUCGUCUUCUAAUCAUACUGAUGAGAUAAAUAAUGAUUCAAGAGUUCCAGAAUUUACCUCGAGCUCCAAAGAAGCUCAAUUAUUAUCAACCAACCAAUUGUCACAUGAAGCAUGUUUAAAUUUAGCCUAUCAGAUGGUGGCUGAUUAUCUUCCACCAGAUUUAUGGAACAAACUCCGAGAAAAGAUUGGAUUAAAAACUACCACUGUUGAACUCAAUUUAUCAGAGAACGGUUCUGCUGUAAUCAUCUCUGAAAAUAUAGACCCCAUUGAUAACCGAUCAUUGGAGAAGUCGUUUGAUUUAGAAAAUUGUCAACCUAAUAAAGAUGAUUCUUGUUUGGCAUUAAAAUUAAAUGAGUCGAAAGUGAAUGAGGUUGGUUGUACUUUUGUGUAA